GUGUGUGUGUGUGUGUGUGUGUGUGUGUGUGUGUGUGCAACGCGCAGUCUGAUAGGCCUACACCAAUCAUUCCUCCUGAUACCCGUAAUAAUGUAUAGUGUUAGAAUUUAUUGCUAUGUCAAAAAUAUCUAUCUAUUUAUCUACCUAUCCAGCAGCUAUCUAUGUUUAACUCUGUCUUUCUAUGUAUUUAUUUCUAUGUAGCCUAUCAGUAUAAUUUCAGGUUUGGUCGUAUUAGUAUAAUUAAGCAUAACACAGGUGAACAAUUAUGUAACCUCCCACUGCUGUGUUAAGCAGCCAACAUACAGUCUUGCCUAAAUCUCGUUCAGAGCGGACCUCGCACUCCAAAAAGUUAUCUGAAUAGAUGUUUUUGUUAAGUGUUGAAAGGCAGACCUAACCACGCAGAGGCGGAGACCGAGGUUUCAGCUACUAAAUUAUUAUAAAAGUUUUGUGCUGAGCCUGAUCGAGAUGCAAACAAAUUAAGUGUCCACGGAACGAUCGGCACGGCUGUUGUCUCGCUCAUUCACAGCCUCGGCCGCUUAAUGGGGGAUGCUGAUGUGGCAGUGAGCAGAUUCCUUUAGUGGGGACGAGGGAAUUUUUAAUGUAUGCAAGUUAUAGUCGAUAGAGGGAAGUUUAUGCACGAGUAGCCUACCUGUCGGUUAUAAACGCAUCGGUGGUGUUGUGGUGCUAUUAGAAAUAAAAAAUAGUACAAGAAACUAAAGUAAAAACGGAUCGCAGUACUAAUCAAUUCUCUCUCACAUGUGUAGAUAACUCCUGAGUAUACACUUCGGCGGUAUAAUGGAACAAAACACUCCAUACAGCAAUAACCGGACCCAGGGCAGUUCUAAGGCCCCGUACACUCACGACAUGGCGAGUGAUGGGUCGGACGAGGAUAACAGUUAUUACGGGACACAGUCAGUUGUCUGCAAAAUAAACUUGGAGCAGAAAUUACCGAUGGAGGGCGGCGAGAAGGGGGGCUGCGCUGACGAGGCGGAGGGACCCGACGGAGGAUGGGGCUGGGUGGUUGUUCUUGCGUGUUGCGUGCUACAGAUCAUCGCGGGGGCAGCCAGCGCAAACUUCGGCAUCCUGUUCUCGGAGUUCCUGAUCGGCCUCAACACGUCCUCGACCCUCACAGCCUGGAUCUACAACCUCGGCCUGGUGCUCUCCGCCUUCUGCUGCUACCUCGUGGACCCGCUCGUCGAGGAGUUCGGGUGGCGGGCGGCGUCCAUAGCGAUGGGCGUCAUGAUGUCCGUUGGCAUGUCCCUUUCUGCCUUCGCCACCUCCGCCUUUGAUUUAUUCUUCAGUUACUCCUUGCUGGCCAGCAUUCCCGUGGAGAUCAUCAUGACUGUGAGCCACGCCAUCGUGCCGCAAUAUUUCUCCCGCCGGAUGACCCUUGCCUGCAGCCUCACUUCCUGUGGCGGGUCUCUCAGCCUCCUCGUCAUGCCCAUCCUUCUGUCAUUCCUCCUUAAUGAGUAUGGCUUCAGCGGUGCCACACUCAUCAUGGGCGCCAUCACCCUCAACAUUUGCGCUGCCUCUAUGGUCUUCUACCCCGUUGAGUGGCAGAGCAAAGCAACAUGCCCGGCCAAGUCUGUCGCCCAGCAGAGUGUGGAGGACGGCAGCACCUGCUCACGCAUCUGCAGUUCUUUCAAAAGAGUAAUGAAAACUGCCCAGGGUAAUCUUUGGCUCUUUAGGUCAGUGCGAGCAGUCAUCAUCAACUCGAUUCUCACCAUAAACACGAUGGCGUUCUCCAACUUUUUGUAUCUGGUCCCAUUCGCCAUGGUGGACGAGGGACACAGCACCGAGGAGGCGGGCGUGGUUGUCUCAGUGGCUGGGUUUGCUCUGCUUGCCACGCGGUUCAUCUACCCGCCCAUCUUCAUCUACUUCAAGAUGCGGCACCAAGUCGGGGUCAAUAGCAGCUCUGUUAUCAUUGCCACGAGCAUAAUUGUAUUUGCAUGGACGCCUGGUCUCUGGGCCAAGACGAUAUCGAUGGCGGUGUUAGGGGUUGGAGUCGGCAUGUUCUUCACGUCCUACUGCCUGGUGGUAGUGGAGAUCCUUGGGCUACCCCUGCUCACAUCCAUGCUCAGUAUCAGCGGCGUGUUCAAGGGUGUCUUUGUCAUCAUCUUUGGGCCAUUUGUUGGAUGGAUGCGAGACAUUACCGACAGCUACCCAGUGUCCUUGAGUGUGCUGGGGAUAAUCCUGUUUGUUACCGCUGCCCUCUGGAUCUCCCUGCCGGCUGCCCGCAAGUUUGACCUCACCCAUGGGGACCAGAUGGCAAAUUACGAGCAGAUUCAGGAAAUUGAGAACAAGAAAAAGAAAGAGAAGAAAAACAAUAACGAGGAAUUUCCACUGUUGAAUGACGGUGUGCAAAGACCUUAUCUAGAUUCUGCCAAAUAGAUGUGCAUGUGUGUGCAUGUGUGUGUUUGUGUGUCCAUUCUUCAUGUUUAGAGAGAAGCUAGUGCAGCGUACAAGAGUACAGUGUAAACACGCUCCUUCAUUAUACAAGAUUGUUUUGAAUGGUUAGUUAAAGUAGAGCUUCUGAAAAUAUAAUCUUUAAUUUCAUCAACAAUAGACUAACUCAUUUUCAAUGGCAAAGAGAGUGAGAAAGACAAUAAGAAAUUUGAAGUUAUACAUUUUAGAUAAAAAUAUAUAUACACUUUCCCUGC